CAUUCAUUAACAUUACAACUAAAAUCAAUUUGAUUUACAAAUCACUUGCCAUUCAUUCAUAUUUACAUUAAUUCAUGAUUUUGUAGUGAAUUAUGAAAUAUAUAUUAAACUUAUUUUGUAUACAAAAUUGUUAUAAAAUUUGAUAAACAAAUGAAUUGUUGUGUAAAAAGUGUUUUUCAAAUGAAUUUAGUGUUUGAAAUGAAAUCUAUUUUUAAUCACAAUUAAUAAAUAUUACAAUAGUUUUGGUUAUAAUUUGCAAAACCAGUUAAUUUGAAUGUAAUGUCGACCAGAAAUAGCGAUAAAAGUAGUAAUAAUCCAAAUCUGAUUGAAAUUAAAUCAAAGUUCGACGCCGAGUUCCGCCGCUUUUCGUUAGACAGAAGCGAAUUAUCCAAAUUUGAUGACUUCUUCAAACUCAUUGAACACUUCCACAAACUCUUCUCCAUCUCAUUCUCGGUCUUCUAUUCGGAUCCAAUUCACGGAGACUUACUUCCCAUCAAUAAUGACGACAACUUCUUAAGAGCCAUACUUUCGGCCAAACCAUUGCUCAGACUUAUUAUACAACGAAAGGGCGAGAGUUGGGAACAUUUGAAUGGUUUGGCCGCCAAUAAGAAGAAGAAUUUCUUGGGUUUAAGUAAUAUUCUUCCGCUUCCGUCGUCUUCGUCUCCAAAUAAGAAUAAGCUAUCAAUUGGUUUACCGGAAGACUUUCGUCAGGUCUCGUCCAUCAUUGACGUCGAUAUCGUUCCCGAGACGUGUCGACGCGUAAGACUUGUCAAACACGGAUCCGAUAAACCGCUGGGCUUUUACAUCCGCGACGGAACGUCCGUUCGGGUGACGCCUCACGGCCUCGAGAAAGUGGCCGGAAUUUUCAUAUCACGUCUCGUUCCGGGAGGACUCGCAGAGAGUACUGGCCUUUUGGCCGUCAACGAUGAGGUGCUGGAAGUGAAUGGCAUCGAAGUGUUGAGCAAAUCAUUAGAUCAGGUGACAGACAUGAUGGUCGCCAACUCUUCGAACCUCAUCAUUACUAUCCGUCCGGCGAACCAACGAAACCUUCCCAUCGCUGCGAUGCGGGGCUCGUAUUGUCGUUCAUCGCAGUUAUCUCAGGACUCGAGCCAUAACUCGGCCUUAAGUGCGUCCGACGACGAAGAGGACGAGAUUAAGGACUAUGGAGUGACUACUCCUGCGCUCAAUACCACCAAUACGUCCAAUACUUCUAAUAAUAAUAUUAUUAACAAUAAUAAUACGACUAAUAAUGGAAAAAGUGAUUUAAUUAACGACAACGAUAUCGUCACUCUCUGAACCACUGGUGUCUUCUCAUCGCGAAUCCAAAUGCAAUCAAUCAAUGCUCCAAAACCUUGUUUUAUGUUUAUUUCACAAAAUUAUUAUCAAAUUUCAUAUUUACUUUUAACGCAUGAAUUUAUAAAUAUAUUUGGAUUAAAUUAUUCCCACAUUUAGUGAUCAAUUAAUUACUUUUUUUGGAAAUUAUAUUUUUAUUUAACUCUUUUAAUUAUACUUUUUAUAAAAAACAAAACUAAAUGACAAAUUUUUAUUUACACUUAAAUUUGAUUAUAACUC